UUCCAUCUGAUUGCCUUGCCGCCGCCGCCUCCUCCUCUCCUCUUCUUGAAGGGGAGGUAAGAAAGAGAAGCCGCCGGGGUGCACUACACUAGCCGGUCUCUCUCCGAUCACCCGCCUCUCGAACCUUCCAGAACAUUCCGCAAGCUCCCUGCGGUGCGGCGGGGCCCAUCUGCUGCUAGCUCGGCCGAGAGGAGGGGGAGGGGGACCAGAUUGUGAGCGAUGGCCUCGCCGGAGCCAUCCGCAGCGGGUGCCGGAGCCGGUGGCGAGUCGGCGAGCCAGGCGGCAGCGGUGGAGCCGAUCCGGAUGCCGACGGUGGAGGAGAUAAAGGGGCAGGACAUCUGGAACAACUGCGCCGUCCGCAGCGUCGUCAGUGGUGUCAUGGGAGGUGGUCUUGGUGUACUUAUGGGGCUAUUCUUUGGAGCUUUGGACAAUCCAAUAACAGCAGAAGAGAUGACUGGAAGGCAACAAAUAGUAUACACGGCAAAACAGAUGGGCAGGAGAAGCAUAAGCAAUGCCAAAACCUUUGCAGUCAUGGGGCUGAUUUUCUCCGCAGCUGAAUGUGUCAUAGAGAAGGCUCGGGCAAAGCAUGACACCACCAAUACAGCGGUAGCUGGCUGUGUCACAGGAGGAACUUUAGCUGUAAGAGGUGGCCCUAAAGCUACAUGCGUUGGAUGUGUGGGUUUUGCUGCCUUCUCAGUGGCGAUUGAGAAGUUCUUUGAUCGGCAUACUUGAAAUGAGUGUUGUCACUUUGAAAUGAACCCUUUUUAUAGCAAGUAUAAGCAGCAUUGGCAGAAGAACCCGGUUAUUUGCAACAUUCAGAUAUUGACAUCUCUUGAGAAAUCUUGUAACCUAAUAUUUUUUUCUAUUUUCAAUUUCUUACCCGGCAUCAUAGUUAUAACUAGAGCACCUACGAGGCCUACCGGAGUCAAUAUUCAUGCCAUUGACAAAGUUCUUCCAAUCUGUCUUAUAUUUUUAUUGACAUCUGCAGUCAAUGGGUUUCUAUAUUGUUGUCACAAUAUGUAAGUUGCUGACUGAUAUGUUGUGCCAUUCCUUCCUUAAUUUUACAAUCUCCACUAUAUAAAGCACAAGUUGGUUCGUGUGUU